CCCAGAGCAUCUAACAAAUAAAUAACGGUCAGCUCACAUCAUCAUGCACAUCAACACUCUCAUUAGCCCAAACCACCCAAAUUACACGUAUCCUUUCAUUGAAUGAAAAUGGCACCCUCCAACGACGCAACGCCAUUCACCGUUCAGGCAGACCCGGGCACUGACAUUUGGAGAAAGCCUGGACACAACGCGUGGAACAUCCCAAACGUUCAUACUAGCACCGGUCCUCUUAAGAACUUCCUCUCGGUUCGCGUCACGUUCUCGGCUCCCUGGGCCCACCCUUACGACCAAUCUGGCGUGCUUCUUGUGCCGCGGCUAGCCUCAAAUGCAGCAUCUCCAAACAGUAAAUGGAUCAAGACGGGGAUCGAGUUGUACGAUGGCCAGCCACACCUGAGCACAGUCACAUGCGACCGGUAUGCCGACUGGGGCCUCUAUCCUUUGACCCUAAGCGAUGUCGAGGAUGUGAAGAGCGUAACGAUUGAGGUUUUUCGAGACGGAGGCGCCCAAGGUAAGAACGCCUGGGUACACCACUUGCUGCUGGACAAGGAUGGAAACGUCAAGAAAAGGAUCCCAUUGAGGAAGAUUUGUUGGAUAUUUGCGGAUGAGAAUGAGGACGAUUGGGUCUUGGAUGUCAGUCCGUUAGCUGCAAGACCGGAUAAAGAAGCCAAGGGUGAACUGAGAGUCGAGUUUGCCGAGUUUAAGGUGCAGUGGAGCUAGUAGACUGAGCAAAUGCUGGGUGUGCCAUGCAUGGCAAGGUGCCGAUUAGUUACCGCAUGAGUGACGAUCAUUUUACAAGGUUGUCUGAUAUGUCGAAGAACGAACUGCAAUGUAUCUAUAACGCCACCAUUCCCACGGGUGGGCGCACCGUCCAGCCGUACUGUGCGGACAUCACCUCCGUCUGUCAAAAUGAAGUACCUUGAACUGGCAGAAGUGAAUAGUUUACCUGUCUUGCAUAAGGUAGGGGAAGGGGAA